AUCAUGGGAAUCCGAACCAAAUAAUCUAAAUGAUGUCGAACACUGUGGUGAAAUUUGGAAAAAUGGUGUUUUCAACGAUGCCAGGUGCUAUUCCAAAAGAGGCUACAUUUGCAAAUAUGACAAGACACCGGGUACACCAACAUGUGUCGGGGGUUUUGUAGAAAAUGAAGGCAGUUGUUAUUACUUCAGUACUCGAAACAGGGAGAACAGGAAAACCUGGGAUGAUGCAAGGGCAGAUUGCAAAAAUAGACAAACUGGUGCAGAUUUAGUUUGGAUCACCUCGAGAGAUGAAUAUUUAUAUUUACGCGACGGUGUUACUGCAUUAGCGAUGAUUCUCAGUACAUUAUGCACUGGUUGGUGGACUGGCCUCAAUAAUGGUCCAACAGACAACGCCAUCAACUGGAAGUGGUUAGACCAAACGAUGCUGGCAGAUACAAGUUAUAUCACUUGGGACUCCGAGCCUAACAAUUACAAUGGUAUGGCACUGUGUUCAUCGAUGAGAGGAUCUGCCACUAUACCAAGCACGACAACUUGUCCAGCAAACUAUCAGUAUGACCCUGCAAGCAAAGGUUGUUACUACAUAGAGCCUAGUAACAAGGUGACGUGGUCGGAGGCAAGAAUACUUUGUCAAUCCCAGGGAGCUGGUGACCUUCUGUCAAUAAGAGACGCAGCCACAAAGACGUACAUCGAAACAGCAAUAGCCGCAAUGCAAUCGACGAAUAGCAGAUGGAUAGGGUUGAGUGAUGUAGAUCAAAAUAAAAGAUGUCAUCCUUGGAAAUGGAGGGAUGGCACAAGAGCAAACGAUUUGUACAUUAAAUGGAACACAGAACCAAACAGAUGGACGAACAAUGAACAUUGUGGGAAUAUGCUAAAGAACGGCGUGAUGAAUGAUGGAAACUGUGACUCUAAGCUUGCCUAUAUCUGUCGCUAUGACCUUCCCUCGAGUAGUGAUUCCUGUAUAGACCAAGGAGAUAACCGUUGGUGGAGACGUGGAGACUCGUGCUACAUGUUCUCAAGCAGAGAGGGAUCUUCUGGCAUGACGUACGAUGGUGCUCGAGCAGAGUGUGGGAAAACACAAGGAGGUGAUCUUGCCACAUUUAGGACUGCUGACGAAGCGGAAUGGAUAAGAGAAAUGGUUGGCGUCAUGUGGAUAACAUCUCCUGGAAGUUUUUGGGUUGGUAUGGACGACCGCGUUCAGACAGACGCCUGGAAGUGGGUAGACAACACACCGUACAAUCCAGAUUAUGUGGUUUGGGAGAAGGACCCAAACAAUUGGGACAAAAACAGUAAAGGUGCUUUUAUUUACUCUGACGGUUCAUUUCAUGACACGAGUGCAUCAUCCAUGCCUGGUUAUAUUUGCCAGAAAACGGCAGGUGGAGGCAGUGGUCCAAAUCAAAACUGUCCAUUUGGUUGGCGUGAAAGGGAUGGCUCAUGCUACUACUUCAGUCCGAGGGACCGAGCAUCACUCCUUAACUGGCAGGAUUCAAGAACAGCCUGCCAAGCUCUAAUGACAGACGCUGAUUUACUGUCUAUUACCAAUGCUGAUGAAUCAGAAUGGGUGCGUGACCAAUGUGGAAUUAUAUGGUUGGACGAUCCUACAUGGCCUGGCUGGUGGACCGGACUGAAUGACCUCCCCAAUGGGAAUUUGGGGCCCUGGAGGUGGACUGAUGGUAGUGAAUAUAGGGACAAUUUAAUAGCAUGGAACACUCAUCCGAACCAUUUUGGUGGGAACGAGUGUACCGCUAUGACUCCAGAUGGGUUCUAUCAUACAACUAACUGCAAUUAUAAAAGGAAACCUAUAUUUCAAAUGGGAACUGGACCCCAGCCUCAGAAUGGCCUUCCUUUUACAGCAGGCCAAACAGCAGGAAUAGCAAUAGGAGUAAUUGUGCUGAUUGUAUUGCUGGCUGUUAUAGCAUUGGUUGUCUACAAAAUGAGGACUGGGCCAAGACCACCAAAUGCCAUUGGAGGCGUAGCAAACAUUAUGUAUGGGAAACUGUAA